CGCAGGCGCAGUUAGACCCACGACGCCAACAUGCCCGUGGCCCGAGCUGGGUUUUGUCGCAAGACCUACGUGACCCCGCGGAGGCCCUUCGAGAAGUCGCGCCUCGACCAGGAGUUGAAGCUGAUCGGCGAAUAUGGGCUCCGCAAUAAGCGCGAGGUCUGGAGGGUCAAGUUCACGCUGGCCAAGAUCCGCAAGGCCGCCCGCGAGUUGCUAACGCUGGACGAGAAGGACCCGCGGCGACUCUUCGAAGGCAACGCCCUGCUGCGGCGGCUGGUCCGCAUCGGCGUGCUGGACGAGGGCAAGAUGAAGCUGGAUUACAUUUUGGGCCUCAAGAUCGAGGAUUUCUUGGAGCGGCGCCUGCAGACGCAGGUCUUCAAGCUGGGCCUGGCCAAGUCCAUCCACCAUGCUCGCGUGCUCAUCCGCCAGCGCCACAUCAGGGUCCGCAAGCAGGUGGUGAACAUCCCCUCCUUCAUUGUCCGCCUGGACUCACAGAAGCACAUCGACUUCUCUCUCCGCUCCCCGUACGGGGGUGGACGCCCAGGUCGCGUGAAGAGGAAGAACGCCAAGAAGGGCCAGGGAGGGGCUGGAGCUGGUGAUGACGAGGAGGAGGAUUAAGCCCCCGUGCUCCCACUUCCUGACCUGCGGGAAGUGUCUAGUUUUCCAUCCCCAAAAUAAAAUAGAUGAACACUUUCGAA